AUGUGUGUUACGUCCGCCGGGGGCCGUGGGGGAGGAGGAGGAGGAGGAGGAGCUGGUGGUGGUGGCGGCGGAAGUGUUGCUGGGGGUGCUGGUAGAAGUGGUAGUGCGGGUGCUAGUGGAAGUGGUGCCGGGGGAGCAUCAGCAACAGCGGGCGGUGCAGCAGCUGUAGAAGGUGGGGCCAGAAGCAAGGGAAGAAAAGGGAGUACCGCAGGUAGUGGUAAAGGAGGAGGUGGUGGUGGUGGUGGUGGUAAAGGUGCUGGAGGUGCUGGUGGUGCUACUGCUGACGGAAGUGUUGGCGUCGGUGACGCAGAUCGCAGCAGUGGUGGCGCAAGCGUCAACGGCGGCGGGUAUAAACCCAACGGCAACGACUACGACGACGGGCUCAUCAUAUGA